AUGGAGGCAUAUCCUGUGUCGCGCCACCCGCUGCACCCCCGCUUGCACUCUGGAACCACCCUACGCGCCCCCCCCUCCAACCACCAAUGGCGGCCCUUAGUUCCGCCGUCUCGCUAUCAGCUUCUCCGUUGUUCUAUAUCGCUACGGCUGUCGCGGCUACCCGGUCGGCAGAGCGGGAGCGUCCCGCGGAGCCGCAGUCACUCCAGCCGGUUCGUCGCCGCCGCGAGCGGCGAAGAACCGAAUGGAAUUGUUGCGAACGAUGCAGAUAAUAUUGGGGAUAAGAGUGCAGGGGGGAGUGAGAAGGCAGAGAGCGCGGAGCUGGCGGGCAUCCUGGCGCGCGUUCACGAGGAGAUGGCGGAAGCCACCCGCGCCCAGGCGGACGGGCGCGCGUCGGUCCUGCGGAGCAUGGGGCGCGAGGGCGACGGGGAGAGCGCAGCGGGCGAGCAGCUUCUGCUGGAGCUGCUGCAGGCGGAGGAGCAACGGCGCAUGCGCGCGCCGGGGGACGCGGAGGAGUCGGAGGAGGAGGCGGGGUUUUGGGAAGGAAGCGACGUCGCGCAAGGUGGAAAGGAGUACAGGCUGCCCCCCUCCUUCUCCGCACUUGCCACUGGCUCGCCCGCGGUCCUCCCCGCCGCUUCUGCAGCGCCUGCUGCCGCUGGCGGCGAUGGGGGGAGUGAUGAGAGCAGGGGCGCGCGGAUCGAGGGGGGAGGCGAGGGCGCGGGUCAGCGCGAGACGCGGCAGGAGCAGGGGGAGGGGGCGGGUGGCGAGGAAGGGGGCGGAGGGGUGGGGGAGGGGGAGAAGGAGGUGCCGGAGGGGUCAGUGGUACGGGAGCAGCUGGGCGGGCGCCCAGAGCUGUGGCGCGGCGUGCACGUGGCUGGGGCAACGUGGGCGGGCGCGGGCGCGGGGGUAGCGCAAGGGGAGGGGGAUGGGCUAAGGCGAGGGGAGAGACCGGGGGAAGGAGGAGGGGGAGGGGCCGCGGCAGGGCAGAGCGGAGGGGGGGAGGCAGGGGCGGGCAGCGGGACGUACCUGCAGGCGCGCGAGCUGCUGUCGAAUAUGGCCAGGAGCAUGGAGCAGCUGGAGAGCGGGCUCUCCGCCCGCCACAAGGAGAUGGGCGAGUCCACGCAGUUCAUCUCGGGCAUCCGCUCCAGCGACCCCGCUGCCGGCCAGGGCGCAGUGGUGCGGAGAGCGGAGGAGAUGGUGGCGCGCAUGCAGGUGCAGUUCGCGGCCAUGGAGAAGGAGGCGGCCCACAAGGACACCGUGCUUGACCGCCUGCUCGCGCACGCCAAGUCCACCAAGCAGCAAAUGAGGGCGGUGGAGGAGCGGUCGCGAGUGGAGAAGGACGCGUUGAGGCGGGAGAUGACGGAGCAGCAGCAGCGCAUGCAGAAGGAGCUGGAGACAGCGGCGGGGCGGGAGGAGCGGAUGAGGCGGCAGCUGAUGGAGGCGCAGGAGGGCAUCGCGCACCGGGACGCCUUCCUGCAGCAGCUGCAGGAGGAGGCCGCCCUCUCCGCCUCCGCGCUCAAACAGGCCGCCAGGGCGAUGGUGGCGGCGCGGGACCGCACGUUGAGGAUAGAGGAGCAGCUCGAGUCGAUGGGAGACCAGCUGGCCAAGGAGCGCGCCAAGACCCGCCGCGAGCGCGAAAACACCGCGCGUGUUACCGCCGAGCUGGCGGAGGCGCGCAUGGCGGCGGAGGAGAUGGCGGGGCGGGUAGGACGGCUGGAGAGCGAGGUGCAGCGCAAGGAGCGUGAGAUGCAGCAAAGCCGCCAUGAGGCGGACGCUGUCAGGGCGCAGCUUAAAGCCACCCAGCAGGCGUUGGAGGAGGCAGCGCGGCAGGCGAGGGAGGCGCAGGCAGGGAGGCAGCAGGCGGAGGCAGCGGCAGAGGAGGAGCGGGCGGCGGCAGCAGCGGCGGUGGAGGGGCAGCAGAGUGCAGAGCAGCGCCUGAGGGAGGCGCAGGCGCGGGUGGAGCUGCUGCAGGGCGAGGUGGUGUCGCUCAAGGUGGGGCGAGGUGGGGCGAGGUGGGGCGAGGUGGUGUCGCUCAAGGAGGUGGCGUUGAGCAAGGACUCGCUACCCUCUCUCUCUCUCUCUCUCUCUCUCUCUCUCUCUCUCUCUCUCUCUCUCUCUCUCUCUCUCUCUCUCUCUCACUCCCCACCCCUCUCCCGUGUGGAGGUGGCUUUGAGCAAGGACUCGCUGCUGGCGGCGGUGAAGGAGGAGACGAUGCGCAACGCGGACAUGCUGCUUGCUGCUGCCAACACUCGCAAGGAGUUGGCGGGGGCGGAGGCGCGGGUAGCAGCGCUGCAAGGGUCGGUGGCGGCACUGGAGGCGGAGGUGAGGCAGCAGGACCAGCUGCUCAACGACAUCCGCGCCGAUGCUGUCUCCAGUGCUGAUGCCCUGCGCACCGCUGCUCAGAUCAACCAGGACCUGAAUGCAGCGAGGGAGCGCGAGGCGGAGCUGUUGGAGCAGCUGGAGCAGCGCGAGGCGGAGGUGGAGAGUCUGCGCCGCGACACCUCCGAGAACAUCCGCGCGCAGCGAGCUGAGCUCGCGCUGCGGGAGGCGGAGAGGCGGGCGCGCGAGCUGGAGAUGGAGAGGGAGUCACUGCGGCGGGGCGUGGCGAAGCGCGACCAGGCGCUGGGGCUCAUGAAGAGGGAGCUCGAGCGCAGCGCGCACAUGCUCUCCGCCGCUGCUGACACCCGCCAGGCGCUGCGGAGCAUGAAGGAGCAGAUGGAGUGGAUGCAGGAGGAGGCGCGCGUCAAGGAGGAGCGCCUGGCAGCGCUGCAGGAGGAGUUUGUCUCCGCGCUCAAGGGCACCACCUUCCCAUCGCUG